GCGGCGAUAAGGACUGACCGGAGGAGGAGCUCCAGCUGUGUGUCACCGAUGAUUCACGGAGGCUGAGUUAACGGGAGAUGAGCGGCGGAGGCCGAACAGAGAGCACCAUGAUGGGACGGAACACGGUCCGACUGUGGCUGACAUGGGUUUGCGUGGUGCAGACGUCUGGGAUGUUGUCUCAUGUGGAGCGAUACGAGGUGGUCAGGCCUCAGAGACUUCAGGGGAGGCAGAGGAGGAGCCUGCAGGAGAGCCAGCUCUAUCCUGACACGGUUCAGUACCAGUUGGCCAUUGAAGGGACAAACCACACCAUUCAUCUGGAAAAAAACGGAAAUCUCAUUGGGAGAGGCUUCACUGAGACACGUUAUUCAGAGGAUGGCAAACGGGUGACGACAUCACCAGACGCUGACCACUGCUACUAUCACGGUCAUGUCGAGGGCGUGAAGGACUCUUCAGUCAGCGUUGGGAUUUGUUCAGGCAUUAGCGGCUUUGUGAGAGCCCGGCAGCAGGUUUACCUGAUCGAGCCUCUGGGACAGUCUGACGAUGGUGAUCAUGCAGUUUACAGACGGGAGCACCUGAAGAUCAGCGGCAGCCCCGGCUGUGGCUCCUCCUCUAACACCACCACGCCGUACGACCAGGAGCAGGCCCAGCGCCCUCCGCUCUCUGGCCUCUUCAGGUCCAGGUCAUGGAAAACUAAACCCAUCGCAGGUCCACAGAGGUUUGUCGAGCUGGUUGUGGUGGUGGACAAUGCUGAGUAUAAACGAUAUGGCAGCGAGACUAAAUCCCGUGUUCUUGGAGUUAUGAAUCACGUUGACAAGCUGUAUCGACCUCUAAACAUUCGCAUCAUCCUGGUGGGCUUGGAGAUUUGGACGUACAAAGACUACAUUGACGUUGACAUUAAAUCAGAGACGACUCUGGACCACUUCCUGCUGUGGAGACAAGAAGAUCUUUUGAAGAGGAUGAAGCACGACAAUGCCCAAUUUGUGACUGGCACAGAUUUUGAAGGAGACACAGUCGGACUGGCAAAUAAGUUUGCCAUGUGCACUGGAAACUCAGGUGGAGUCAACCAGGAUCACCAUGACAACCCAGUAGGCCUCGCCUCCACCAUCGCUCAUGAGAUGGGACACAAUUUCGGCCUGUCGCAUGAUGGUUUCAGUUGUACGUGUGGUCCGUCUUACAGUGGGAACUGUGUGAUGGCAGAAAAGCUCAGGACAGGAAAUGAAGCUUUCCCGGAGUUUUUCAGCACCUGCAGUGUGGAGCAGCUCGCUGAAUUCAUGGAACGAGCUCGGCCCAGCUGCUUGUCAAAACCCAGUUCCGUUAGGACCAUUGCUCCGGGACCUGGCUGCGGCAACGCCCUGCUGGACCCUGGAGAGGAGUGCGACUGUGGCACUGUGGAGGAAUGCACGAAUCCUUGUUGUGAUGCCUCAACUUGUCGCCUGACUGAAGGAUCCCAGUGUGCUCAUGGACAAUGCUGUGACAACUGCCAGCUCCAACUGGCUGGAAGUGUGUGCAGAAAGUCAGCAGGUGACUGUGACCUGCCUGAAUACUGCACCGGAGCGUCAGAGGAUUGUCCCGAAGACAGCUUUGAGAUGAACGGCAAGCCCUGCUACGACCGGGUGCAGGGCUACUGCCACAACGGACAAUGCCCGUCUCAUGAGCAGCACUGCUGGAGGCUGUUUGGACAAGGGGCCAUAGUUGGACCAGAUCUGUGUUUUAACCUGAACAAACGGGGCGAAGAAGGUGCCAACUGUGGGAGGACCAAAUUUGGCUACACCCCCUGUUCUGCACAGAACCUUAUGUGUGGAUCUAUAUUUUGCGGAGGAGGCGGCGAGUCCAUCACAGGUAAAGGGGCAUCCUACACUGUGUACAAGAUCGAGUGUAAACUAGCUGUGGAGGACGACAAGACCAGAAACAUGGACAUGGUGCCAAACGGAACCAAAUGUGGACCAAAUAAGGUUUGCCUCGGCAACAGAUGUGUGGACAUGUCUGUUUAUGGGAAGAAGGAGGAUUGUGAGAAGAAAUGCAACAACAAUGGGGUGUGUAAUCACAAGAACGAGUGCCACUGUAAUCCUGGCUGGGCUCCACCGUACUGCGACAUCCAGUAUGCAGACUUACCUCAAGGUCAGAUUGGGAUAAUAGCCGGUGUGUGUGCAACUGUCUCCAUCCUGGUGGUGAUCACUGCGGUGACUGCAGGGCUGAUGUGCUGCAGAAAGGACAACAUGGACAACUACAUCUCCAAAAGGAAAGUGCAUUCAGCCCCCGACAAGCUGAACCCGAUGUUCCAGGAGUCGAGUGUUAAAGACAGACCUCAGAUCAGUCAGCCCACUUUCAUGGAGUCAACAGCAACACAAGCCUGCACUCCUCUGAUGGUUCGUGUGAGUCCCUGCAGAGCUGCUCCACAGCCACCAAAGUCAGAGUGUGUGACCUCACAAACUGAGCCGACAAAACCUCUACCUCCAUCUAAACCUUUACCUUCGCUGAGUAACACACAGUAUACGGCAGUCAAACCAAAUCCUCCUCCUGUACCUCCAGUCAAGCCCAGUCCUCCCACUGUACCCCGAGUCAAACCCAGUCCUCCUCCUGUACCUCCAGUCAAGCCCAGUCCUCCUCCUCUGCCCCCAGUGAAGCCACACGUUGUGCGACUCACAUGAAAAUCUCAUCAGAAGUAUCAGGUUGAACCAAAGCUGCAGACGUCCAGCGUGGAGUUACAGAGAGUGAGAUCCUCUCUGGGAUCAUGUGUGUGAGUCACAGAGGUGGAAGACUUUGGAAAACUUUACUCUUUGUCUUAAAGAUGGCCUCAGUGAGCGCAGCUUCACCGGCUGAGAAUGUCUUUGAUGACCGACAGCAUCACAGCUGCUGUGGAAAACUGAUUUUGGGGCAAACUGCUGUAACUGCUGCUGCAGUUGUUGUGUGUUCGUUUAACUUGUCUCAUUACAGCGUGACCAAAGUGGUGCUCACAUGAAAAUGUACUUAAUAUUUAUUUAAUGUCUUUUUAAGGGACUGUAUGAAAAUUAUUAUAGUUUGAUGUAUUAUUCCUUGAAGGGGGGGUAGGUUUUGGGGGGCUGCACCACAGAGCCAGAUUUCAACGCCAGAGUUUUCCAUGUUACAAAGGUGACUCUCUUAAAACCGGGCUAGAUCGUCAUGGUAACAUACGCUGCAUACCUAACCUGGUCUGGUCUGGACCAGUUUAUGUUCAGAGUUUGGGCUUCAUUGGACAAACAAGCAUCUUUCACUAAUCAGCUCCUUUGGAAAUGACAUCACUCGACAGUCACCAGCCAGUCUUUGAGUGAUUGAGAUUCUCAGCUGAGGGAAAACGUUAUAAAUACAAACCUGUUGAGUCGUAACGUUACGUUAAAGCCGUGCAAACAGGCGACAGUUCAGCAAACUGUCUGCAUCCAGUUGCCACGGGAACAAACGUGCAUGCAGGUUGUGAUGCAGAACAUCUGAACAAGAAUGUUGUUUUAUUUUAUUUGUUGCUCUCAUUGAAUACUGAGUGUGUCUGUCAUGUUGUCUGGUCCGCUCGCCAACUCAGGAAGCACAAGGAGCCUUCUAUAAAGUCACAGGUAGAGUUAUAUAUUGAUCGUUCACUAUGUUAUCGAUCAGGAUGAGUUUUACUUGUGUUUAAUUCCUUCAAACCAUUCGAUAACACGACCACGUUGGGUUAUGUUUUUAUGCUCGGUCCUGAUUUGCUGAAGUCGGUUUCACACUGCUGGUACAUCACAGCUAACAGAACCUGAACUAGAACAUUGAUUAUAUUAGUCUGAUGGUACUGAUCACAGAUGAUAUUCAAUCAGUAUAAUUCAGUUCCCUUUGAUUUGGCCAAAAGCUAAAGUGAUUUCCACGUCUCCUUCAGUGUGAGACAGCGUCAGUCCCUUAAUGCAGUUCUUGAGUUAAACGUUUAAAUCUGCUGCGUAAAGUUUAACGUUUAAGAGCUGUUGAAUGUGCAGCUGUCACCUUAGAAAUAAACAGAGCGGUGACAUGAACGCAUUAACGUAGAAUUUUACAUAAUUAGUCAUUUCCUGCCAGCGUUCGUUUCUCACCUUACUCGCAGUGACAGAGUCGCUUCUCGCUGUCUUGUCAUAUUCUUCAUAGGCAAACGUAGAUGGUUCACGAUAGGUUCAUGUUGCGUUAUGGUGUGGUCAGAAUACCGUAAAACUUCAAGUAAUAGCCUCGUCCCAAUUAAAUGCACAGUCCCUUUUUCUAGCCCAGUGUGGCUACACAUUCUGACAUAUAAAGGCCUGUCUCCAUUAGAGGCCUGUCUCCAUUAGAGGCCUGUCUCCAUUAGAGGCCCGUCUCCAUUAGAGGCCUGGGCUGGUUACCAAGCAGUUUAAUUUUUUUAUAGAAGUUCUUUAGACGUAUAAAACUGGGUCGUUGGCUCCCUCAAAUUAUGUGUCGACUCCUUGAGUUACUCAUAUUCCAUUAGUCUGCAUGGGUCCUCAGAUCAAAAGAAACAAAAGUGUUUUUCAUGAAAACUAAUCCAAGUUGUGAGGAUGGUUUUAACAUGAUAAAGUGCUGUUGUGUCGGUGUGCCGGGCAACGUAACCCUCAAAUGGCGUGACUCACAGCUUCUCUCCGACGGGCUGUCUGCUGUCGGAGCCACAUCAAAUAAAUGAUUCAUAAUUGACAUGUUAUUGGAAGCCUAAUUUUUUAACAAGUAAUAUUCAAACUGGUUUAAACAAACAAUUUGAUUCGUUUUGUGUGAAAGACAUUAAAGGCCUGUCCCAAAUAUAGGCCUGUUGAUUUAAGCAAAUAAUAGCCCGGGCUGUUGAUUGAAGUUUUAUGGUAUGCACCAAAUGCCCUGUCUUAUGAGACAAUACAGAGCCAAAAGAAGAAAGCCUGAGUUAAGUGAAGAAGUUCAUAACCACCGUCAUGUUGCCUGUUACCUCUGACGGGGGCAUCAGGGUUUGUCGCGCCAGCUAAUGCAAAGAAAGCUUGACUCUGUUGAAUUAGUUUCAUGGUGCACCUCUUUGAGGAGGUGUUUUUACAUUUUUCUAAUCUCAGAAAUAUUAUACUUGUUAGUCUGUUGGCUGUCUGGUGCUGAGCAGGUCGUGCACUGUGGCUUUUUACAUCUUAGUUUUUCCUGUAAACGAUGCUGUGAGAGCCGUGAGAAUGAAGCAGAGCAGUGAAGUAGUCAGACAGAUGAACAAUGAGCUAAAACUUGAUCUAAAGUGGAGCUGCAGAUUCAGCUGAUAAUUAUCCCUCCUUCCACAGUGUCAUCUCAAACACUGCUAUUAUUAUAAAAAUAACAAUCGUAGCCGCUUAAAGUUUUUAGGCAGGAGGUCGCAGCAGUUUUUGUCAAAGCCGUCUCUCUCUAAUAAUUUCUGUACAGUCCCUAAACUGUGACCAAAGCCAGUCUGCCUUCAUUUUGCAUUGUACUUGAAAACCUCUGAAUGGUACACACAGUGUUCAGAUGAGCUGUGUGAGUUACUGUGGUUCAGCUUCAAACAUUUACACACUCCUUUGUUUGUCUCCAGUCCUGAGGGAGGUGUGUGACCGAGCCUCAAGGAACAAGUCACUUUUAUCUUUCCAUGUCAGCAGUCACAGGGUUUUCUACCUUGUUUGUUAAAUUAUAAAUCAGAGGCACCAUCACUGAUCAGUCGUAAAAUCUCAGUUUGUGCGAUCGCAAUGGUUUCAAUCUGUCACGUUAUUGAAUGUAAAAACUGAAUGAACUCCUGAGAUGCCUUUGUGUCAACAGAUGAAGUGCACUUUAUUUAAAAAAGUAUCCGCUGUGUUUCCUCAGAGGUUUAUUAUGGGUAUUAAAUAAUGAUUAAACACUUUUCUCAGUUA